GCACCGUUGUGGGUCCCAGACAACACCACCACCACAACAACAACAACAACAACAACAUGUAGAGCAGAUCUUUCCCAGGAGCCCCUCUCUCUCUCUCUCUCUCUCUCUCAGGUCCUCACUGUUAUUCACCCUCGAACGCUGCCUGCUUAUCUUUCUUUUUCCUUUCUUUGCCUCGCUGUUGCGACAGUCUCCAGGGGUGUCCAUGCGCACUUCCUCCCCGUCUUUGCCUCCCCCCCUACACUUCCUCACUCCUCUCUCCCCACCGCCCCCUCUCCAUGCAGUGUGGUAUCGUCCGACGACCGAGGAGGGGGAGAGAGAGGCCGAGCGCGCAGUUGUCGGCUGCAGGUCGUUCGGAGCGGGACGCGCGCAGCGGCUGAGGACGCGGCACCACGGACCCCACAGUCUCUCGCUUAUUCUGGCUGAUUCUCUCCUCAUUCUCUGCACCUGGCUUUGGCACCAACUCGGGGAAUACAAAACAUCUUUCGAAGCUGUAUCCCGGAGGCCCACCUUGGCAGUUAGAGGAGAGGUCAUCACCAUGACGGCGUCCUCGCAGGACUCCACGCCCUCGUCCGUGGCCCGCCUCGUCCUGCCCCUGCUCCUCCUCCUCCUCCUCCUCCUCCUCCCGGCUGUAUUCGCGCAGAACUCCGUCCCGACGAGUCCGACCCCGCCGCCGUUUGACCCGCUGACCCGGCCGGAGUGCACAAAGAAGGAACAUCCGAAGGUCUCCAUCCAAGCGCUCAGUCCGUGGAUAUCGACUUUCUCCCACCCGGGUGUGAGGGACUACUCCCAGCUCACCCUUGACCUGACUAGGAAUGAGCUUAUUGUGGGUGCCAGAAACUUCCUGUUCCGACUGGACCUCAGCAACAUGUCGCUGACACAGGCAACAGAAUGGGCGCCGGACGUGGAGACCAGGAGAUCCUGUCAGAGCAAAGGCAAAACAGAGAUUGAAUGUCAGAACUACAUCAGGGUCCUGCUGGUGAACAAGACGGAGGUCAUGACCUGCGGAACCAACGCUUUCCAGCCGCUGUGCAUCACCCGGGAGGUGGGCAACAUGAGCAGCGUGCUGGAGCGCGUGAACGGCGUGGCGCGCUGCCCGUACGACCCGCGCCACAACUCCACGGCGGUGGUGACGGAGAGCGGCGAGCUGUACGCCGCCACGGUCAUCGACUUCUCCGGCCGCGACCCCGUCAUCUACCGCAGCCUGGGCGGCAUGCCGCCUCUCCGGACCGCCCAGUACAACUCAAAGUGGCUCAACGAGCCCCACUUCAUCUCGGCCUACGACAUCGGCCUCUUCACCUUCUUCUUCCUGCGGGAGAACGCCGUGGAGCACGACUGCGGCAAGACGGUGUACUCGCGCGUGGCGCGCGUCUGCAAGAACGACAUCGGCGGCCGCUUCCUGCUGGAGGACACGUGGACCACGUUCAUGAAGGCGCGGCUCAACUGCUCGCGCUCGGGCGAGAUCCCCUUCUACUACAACGAGCUGCAGAGCACCUUCUACCUGCCGGAGCAGGACCUCAUCUACGGCAUCUUCACCACCAAUGUUAUUGCAGCGUCCGCAGUGUGUGCCUUCAACCUGAGCGCCAUCACCCAGGCUUUCAACGGGCCCUUCCGCUCGCAGGAGAACCCCCGCUCCACCUGGCUUCCCACGCCCAACCCCAUCCACAACUUCCAGUGUGGUACUAUAGACGAUCAGGGUCCCAACGAGGGUCUGACGGAGCGCAGCCUGCAGGACGCCCAGAGGCUCUACCUGAUGAACGACGUGGUCCAGCCGGAGUCUGUCGAUCCGCUGGUGAUGCAGGACGACGUUCGCUUCUCCAACCUGGUCGUGGACAUUGUCCAGGGCAUGGAGACGCUCUACCACGUUAUGUAUAUCAGCACAGAAUAUGGCACCAUCCUGAAGGCGUUGGCGACGCCCAACAAGAACCUACAAGGCUGUUACCUGGAGGAGAUGGAGCUCCUCCCACCGGGGGUUCGGGAACCAAUCCUUAGCCUGCAGAUCCUGCACAGCGACAGGUCGCUCUUCGUGGGACUCAACGACAGAGUCCUGAAGAUCCCGCUGGAGCGGUGCUCCACCUACAAAACUGAGACGCUGUGCUUGGAGGCCAGGGAUCCCUACUGUGGCUGGGACUUCCGGCAGCGGAGGUGCACCACGCUGGAGGACAGCUCCAACAUGAGCCAGUGGAAGCAGAACAUCACCGCCUGUCCGCUGCGGAACCAAACCACCAAUGGCGGCUUCGGGGCCUGGGCGCCCUGGCAACCGUGCAACAACGACGACGGCGUGGAUGGCGUGAGCUCCUGUUUGUGUCGCUCCAGGACCUGCGACAGCCCCGCCCCCCGAUGUGGAGGCAGGAACUGCGAGGGCUCCACCAUCGAAGUCGCCAACUGCUCCAGAAAUGGAGGCUGGACGCCCUGGUCGUCGUGGGGACAGUGCAGCACGACCUGCGGCACGGGCUUCGAGCUGCGGCAGCGCUCCUGCAACAACCCUUCGCCGCGACACGGCGGCCGCGUGUGCGUGGGGCCGAGCAGGGACGAGAGGUUCUGUAAUGAAGGGGUGGCCUGUCCGCAGCCCAUCUUCUGGACGCCGUGGGGAUCGUGGACCAAGUGCAGCACCGAGUGCGGGGGAGGCGUCCACUCCAGGGUCCGCACUUGUGAGAACGGCAACAGCUGCCCAGGAUGUGCACUGGAAUACAAGGCGUGUAACCUGGAGGCGUGUCCGGAGGUCAAGAGGAACACGCCGUGGACGCCCUGGAUGCCCGUCAACGUGACCCAGGGCGGCGCUCGCCAGGAGCAGCGGAUGCGCUACAUGUGCCGGGCGCACCUGUCCGAUCCCCACGAGCUGCAGAUCGGACGCAGGAAGGUGGAGACGCGCUUCUGUCCCAACGACGGCACGGCCGCCUGCGAGACGGACAGCCUUGUCGAGGAGCUCCUGAAGAUGCCCGUGGUGAGAGCGGCCGGCUCCGGCUGGUCGUCGUGGGAGACCUGGUCCAGCUGCUCGCAGAGCUGCGCCAAGGGCUACCGCACCCGUCGGCGAUCGUGCGCCGGGCCGGAGGGAAAGAGCGCCCCCGUCGCCUGCCGGGGCUCGCCCGUCGAGUACCAGGACUGCAACGUGCAGGCCUGUCCCGUGAAAGGUGCGUGGUCCUGCUGGUCGUCCUGGUCCCUGUGCUCCGUGGGCUGCGGCGGCGGUCACUACCAGCGCACGCGCUCCUGUAACAGCCCGGCGCCCGCCAGCGGGGGGGACAUCUGCAUCGGACUGCACACCGAGGAGGCCCUCUGCAACACACACACCUGCGACGAUGGUUGCGCCGCGCGAAGGGAGCAGAUGGCGACGCCUGAGCAGCCGGUCGGUGAGCACCGGACUGAUAGGAGAGGUGGCUGGAUGGCCUGGUCGCUGUGGUCGGCCUGCGAUGAUUCGGGCUCGCAGAUGAGGAGUCGGGUGUGCGGCGCUCAGGGCAACAGCCCGUGUGUGGGCAACAGCACCCAGCGGCGAGACUGCAACGAAAUACCUGUCAUUCUCCCUGCAUCUGGUUUUGAUAAGGACCAACACUGCGGAGCGUUCACCUCCAUCCACCUGAUCGCCACCGGUGUGUCCUGUUUCCUCGGGGCGGGCCUGCUGUCCUUCCUGAUCUACGUCUACUGCCAGCGCUUCCACAAGCCCUCGCAGGAGUCCGCCGUCAUCCACCCCACCACGCCCAACCACCUCAACUACAAGGGCAACACCACGCCAAAGAACGAGAAGUACACGCCCAUGGAGUUCAAGACGCUGAACAAAAACAACCUGCUGCCAGACGAACGGUCCAACUUCUACCCGACGCCGCUCCAGCAGACCAACGUGUACACCACCACCUACUACCCCACGGCGCUCGGCAAAUUCGACUACCAGCCCAACUCGUCCCCUUCGCCGUGCAGGACCUACAACAACAGCAACAACAGCAACAGCUGAGACUCGACCAGCUCUCCAACACCCCCCCCCCCCCACACACACACACACACACAUAUACACACACACACCACCACGACCACCACCCCCCACCUGCCGCCGACCCGAACGGACCCCGCCCCCUUCGCCACGGUGACAUAACUGAACCGACGUGAACUGAAACGUUUCUCAGCACCAGGGGUUCCUCUGCGCCCCCCAACCCCCCCCCCCCUCGCUCCCGCAGUCCCUUCUGCAUGGUAGGCUUUGUGUUUUCAAGGGCAUUUCUGGAACUUUCCAUCAGGAGAUGUGAGUUUGAACAACGAUGCCCGCGUCCCGCCGCAGUCGGGACCAGCUCGGGUGGGGGGAGGGGGGCGGGGCGUGUUAUCGUAACGGGGCCUGACUUGACACAGCAAGAGUCAAUCCAGAGCUCCGUCUCCGUGAGAGGAUCCAGCGGGGAGAGUUUCGGACAGACGGUUAUGAGCGGAGCGCACAUCAGCACAGGUGCUGAGCGGAGCCUCCGCAAUCACAGAGCGGAACAUGAAUAAAGAAAUUCCAUUUCUCUGGAUCUGGCUCACCGCUAUUGGCCCUCCUCCGGUUUUUUCCAGCCACACGUUCUCGGGCCUGCGGGGAACUGGCGAGUCCCUCGGCAACGAGAAGCAGUAACUGAGAAUAAACAGUGCAUGUCAUUAUGUCCUUGCCACACAGCAGAGGAGCGGCGGAGCAACAAUGAAGUCAAUGGCGAAAUAAAUUACAGAUCAAUAUCGGCUCGGGUUGUUGGGGGGGGGGUGCACGCCCUCCAUUGUUGUUCAGAGUGGAGUCUUUUUGGGGGACGGCUGUUUGGAAAUAUUAUCUUUAAAUCUGCAUAUGAUCGGAGUCGUGGUUUUCUUGUGGACGAGGACAUUUAUUCGCAGCAUCACAGCCGGGGGGGGGGGGGGGGGGGGUUAUGGAUAAUGGUC